AUGGCUAGGCGUUUAAUCCCUUCUCUGAACCGCGUUUUGGUUGAGAAAAUCAUCCCUCCAUCAAAGACCAAUGCUGGAAUUUUACUCCCAGAGAAGACCACCAAGUUCGUAGUUAUGGUUCUGGUUUCAUUUCAUAACUUUGAACUGUGUUUUAGUUAUUUUACUUCUUCUCUCAUGCUUUCUGAUGAAAUAAUGCUAAACUCUGGAAAAGUUGUUGCCGUUGGUCCUGGGCUUCGUGAUCGGGAGGGGAAGGUUAUUCCUGUUUCUGUGAAGGAAGGAGAUACCGUUCUGUUACCUGAAUAUGGAGGAACUGAAGUGAAGCUUGCUGAUAAAGAGUAA